AUGACCACAUUUCACACACAGGAGGUUUCUUUGAAACAAUUAAACCUUAUUUCAUGGAGAUUUACAUUUCAUUCACAAAUCCAAAAAUAUACUCUUUUUGGCUUCUUCAGUUCAGCUGCAUUUCCUCGAACCUGCGUUUUUAUCCUUUCCGACAUCCGAUGACGAGUGAGAAGCUCUAUAAAUCCCGCAGGUUGCCUCGACGAUUGUCAUUCUUCAUCUUCUUAAAGGCUUCUGAUUUCAUUCAUCGGCGAACCUCUUUUUCUUCUUCAUUUUUGAUUAUCUACUUCUCCAGGCUCAAAAUCAUCGCAAAACCAGCAAAACGACAGACAUCUACCGUAAUUUGACAAGGUCAAUAAGCAUUCAGAAAACAAGGCGUAGUUCCAAUGGGUGAAGCAAAUGGCAUAAUCCACCAGGAUCCACCGCCACAACCACCACCGCUACCUCAACCACGUUUCGAUCUUCCUUGUCAAGAUUUACUUGCUGAUAACAGACGUAGGGACUACAUCAAUAUAUGCGUUCCUCUAUGUGAAGCAUUAACUAAAGCAGACUGGCAAACCGCAAAACAAACAAUCGAGCGUCAUGGAUAUCUCAUACGUUACAGCAUCAAUGAAAACUGCGAAACACCACUUCACGUUGCAGCAUCAGCUCAAAGCAACACAGACAGCAUUGAAUUCGUUCGAUAUCUUGUGGGUAAAGUAAGUGAGGCCGACUUGCAACUGCAGAAUAGAAACGGAAAUACUGCCCUUUCUUUGGCAGCUAUAUCUGGAAAUGUUGAAAUUGCUAAGAUUAUGGUGGGGAGUAACAGUAAUCUGCCCACCAUACCUAAUGGUGAACAAAUGAUGCCGCUUUAUAUCGCUGUGUUGUUUGGAAACACAGAAAUGGUGGAUUAUCUCUAUCAAGAGUCUCUUCAAAUGAAUGGCCCUGGUUGGACACCUAAGAACAGGAGUUGGGUUUUCUUGAAGUCCAUUGAGAUGGAUUUCUUCGAUUUCGCUCUGAAAAUAUUGGAACACCACCCACUACUUGCUCAAAGUGGGGAAGCACUAUGUGCUUUGGCUCGAAAGCCUUCUGCAUUUGAUGAAAUAAAGCCACAUUACGUCAGAAGCAUCGUGAAUUCAACCUUCCAUUUGAAGGUGGAACCAGUUGACAAUAAAGCGGUGGAGUUACUAAUAAAGAUUUGGAAAAGUAUUGAGGAAAAGCCCAAAACUGAAAUAGACAGAAUACUCAGAGGCCCAAUAGUUCUGGUAGAUGGAAAACAAACAUACCCCUCUCGAGUACUUUUUGUUGCUGCAGAAACAGGAAAUACUAGGUUUUUGGUUGAGCUCAUACGUCGAUAUCCUGAUCUUAUAUGGAAGCAAAAUGAAAACAAUCAAAGUAUUUUUCAUGUUGCUGUUUCUCAUCGUCAUGAGGGUAUAUAUAAUCUGUUGUAUGAGAUCGGCUCCAUGAAGGCUUUGAUAAUUCCAGUCAAAGAUCUAGAAGGGAAUAAUAUGUUACAUUUGGUUGGAAAUAACACUCAGAAAACCCGACUUCGACAUGUGUCAGGGGCAGCUUUCCAGUUGCAACAUAAAUUGUUAUGGUUCAAGGAAGUGGAGUCUAUGGUACCUCCUCUUUACAAAGAAAAAAAGAACAAAAGUGGGUUAACACCAUAUGAACUAUUCACUGAAAACCACAAACCUUUAGUAACCGAAGGUGAGAAAUGGAUGAAAGGAACCGCUAGUAAAUGCAUGGUGGCUGCCGCCCUAAUAGCCACCGUAGUAUUUGCAGUCGCUUACACAAUUCCCGGUGGCUACGACCAAAAAACCGGCUUUCCUAUGUUUCUUCACAACGUACCAUUCAUAGUAUUUGUCAUCUUGGAUGCCAUUUCCUUAAUCUUAUCUUCCACUUCAAUCCUUGUGUUUUUAUCCAUCCUCACAUCUCGUUAUGCUCAAGAGGAUUUUCUUGAAUCGUUACCCAAAAAGCUUUUGGUGGGUUUAUCAAUGCUUUUUCUAUCCAUAGUCACCAUGAUGUUUUCUUUUAGUGUUAGUUUCUUUGUGAUAUAUCGUCACAAGUUCAUUGUGAUUGCAAUCUUCAUUAGUGUGGUUGCGCUUAUACCUAUUGUUUCGUAUGCUCAACUACAAUAUCCUCUUGUGAAAGAUGUGUUUAGUUCAACGUAUGGUUCUAGGUAUCUCUUUAAGCCCAAGAAACCAGUGCUUUAUUAUCAAAAUCCAAGGGUCUAGAUGUCUAGUAGUAGUACUUGUUAUUAUUGUUGUGUGUUUGGUUUGGUUUGAUAAAGAUUUUGUUUUAAGAACAUGUAUUGAAACUUAUUUUUUAUUAUUAAAGGUUUAGUUGAUUCUUUCAUGUAAAGUCUAUGUAUCUCACGUUAUGUAGUUUUGUUCUUUUAUUCAUGAAUAUCUUUGUAUCU